AUCUUGCAAAAUCCCUUUUUUCUCCUCACAUAAAAACACACGGCGUCAUUAAAAUUACUGUCACAAUGUCAAUUCUUCCGGAUAUAUGUUUAUUUGUGCGUCAUGUUCUGGUUAGAGAGAUGGCGCAUCUUUUCAAUGCAAUAAAAUGGCUGAAAAUUGAUUUUUUUCGUCGGUCUGUUUUUCUCCUAGUGAAUUAAGCAGGCUUGAUAUUUAGCUAAAGUAAGAAAAAAAGUUCUAUCUAGCGUAGGAAUAAAAAACAGACCCCGUGUCUCCCGGUCGCAAUUCUCCCUUUCUCUCGCUCGCGAGGUUAGGAGAUUAGGUGACCGUCAACGAAUGGACGAGGAUGCAGCGAACGUCGGCAAGUGUUCGCUUGUGCUGAACGCAUCAAUUUACGACGGUCAGGGCGAUCUUGUUUCGAAUCUCGGUGCGGAUUUUGCUCGCUCCGUUUACGCAGAUUCCUAGCGCCUAAAUGAGUACCGGGAGCAAGUACAACUGCGUUCUGUGCAACUCGAAGCUAGACACCAAGGAAGCGCUGCAGCAACACUUUAGGCAACAUGCAAAUAAGGAGAUAGAUGGUCGUGGGCGACCAAUAGAAAGGAAAAGUGAUGAAAAUACUCUGUGUGAUAUAUGCAAUCAGUCGUUUGAUUCAAUACGGGCAACGAUAAGACACAGGUUUAAAAUGCAUCCCAAUUCACCAACCAAAUUCCAUUGUUCCUAUUGUGGACAGCAAUUUCCUUUAAAGAAUCACAGAGAUAUUCAUCAAACUUUGCAUGAUGCAACUGAAAGUGAGAACAAAGAUCAACACAGAAAAUGUGAGGAGUGUGAUUUAUUAUUUUACAAUGAGAAGGCAUUGGAAUAUCAUUGUAAAUGUAUUCAUAAAAGAAUGGUACACUUAUUUCAACCGAUAGCCACUCCUCCGCCUAGUAAUAAAAUCAAAUUCAACUCUAUGAAUGAUGCAAUGAACGUAUACUAUUGUCAUUUAUGUGGUAUCGAAUAUGUUGUAAAAUUCAAUUUGCAACAGCAUUUGGAAAGGAUACACACGAAAAGAGAAAGGGAGACUAUGCCGCCGGAAUUGAUCAAAUGUACAGUGUGUGCAGCAUUAUUUUACAACAAGAGAGCCUACAAUAUACACAACACUUAUCAUCAUCCGGAUGAUUUAUAUGUGACUUCCGAAGAGCAGAGAACGCAGAUGGUGACCAGGAUUGAUCAAGACUUCGACGUUAGGAGAGUACAGUCUAUGGCCGAUAGAUAUGUAUCGCGAUCUAAUGUAAUUAAGAGGAAGAGUAGAAAGAAGAAUGAAGCGGAGAAGACAAUUAUUAAGACAGAGAUAAAGAGAGAGAGAUCUGUAUCAUUAGACGACCCUGCGUGUAUCAACGAGUCCAACGAAUCCAGCGAUUCCGAGAGCGAUAUCCCAUUAAAGCAAAGGAUCACCAGCUAACGGAGGUUAUUUUUAUCAUAAAAUAUUUCUAUUUCUGAUCCAAGAGAAUUUUAUCGUAAGAGAGAUUUAUGAACUGCUGCUAUACACAAUCGUGAUAGUCAUCUGCUUUUUUGCAGUUGUUAUUAUAUGUAUAUUAUAUAAGUUAAAGAAAUUAUAAAAGGGGGCAAUUGUAUAUUCAUUUUUUGUUUCUACAUGAAUUGUGUUUUAGAAGUACAAUUGUAAUAACUGAAUGUGUGAGUAACGACGAUGAAUGUUGAAGUACAGGAAGUCCUAUAAUAUUACUAAGAAGAAGAAAAGAGUAAUUACUGUAAUUUGCAAAUUCUUGACUAAUUUUUUAUAUGUAUUAUACAUUAAUUAAAUAUCAUGUUUAAAAGAUAUAUAUACACACACACACACACACACACACACACACACACACAUAUAUAUAUAUAGGAUGAAUCAGAAUGGACCAGUUUUUUAUCCUAGGAGAAAAAGUAUCACAUUUCUAAUUAUACAGAGUAAAUGUUAAUGCAUGUCUGUACCUUUUACUAUGGGAAGUGAGUUUUCGAUUGCAUCUGUGACCAUCUUUCAUAAAUUCAAAGAAAGAAUUUUAAAAAGUGAAUUCUUUUUGAGUUUGUAAUGGUAGAACGUUUAUUUUGCAAUUGUUGGAAGUUUCUUCACGCUGAUUGGGUUAUGCUUUUAGAUCAAGAGGAAUGGUCCUCAGCAGAGAAUCAUAAAACGGUUGCAAAACUAUUGUGUUCUGCUGAAGUAAUGAUUAUCUGUGCUAUUUCAGCAGGUAUGUACGAUCUAAGCGACAUCCAUUUAUGAAUCAUUUAGAUGAUCACAGCUGGAGUCGAUAACUUCUCCUAAAAAGUACUGACAUGCAUUAAUCAUCCUGUAUAUUUUUACAUGGUAGAAUUAAAUAAAGUGAAUCAUUGCGCAUAAUUCAGCGAAAUUCGAUCAAUCAGAAAUUGUACUAAUUUGCAGUGUAUUUAUUUAUUUGUAGAAUGAAUCAUGUGAAUUUUUGUAAAUAAGCUCAAAAAUUGAUUGAUUGACGGAUCUCCCCGCUAUUUUCAACCUACUGUGCAUCCGUGGGAAUGAUUCACCUUACUUCUUCACCAUUUAUUUUUUAUAUUAUAAUUAUUUUAUAAUUAGUCGACAAUUUGUCUCAUGAAGCA